AGAAUUGGAAGGCUCACCUGUGAUCUAAGAUCUUGAAGACAGAAGACACAAUUUUCUGACCUGGAUCUUGGCUUGGGGAUCUUGAAGCAUAGUGGCUAUGAAUCCCAGGAGACUAAGGCAAGGAGAUCUCUGAGUUCAAGGUCAUCAGGGACAAAGCAAGUCCCAGAUCCAGCUAGGCGUGGUGGUACCCACCUUCUGCUGGAGACCUACACCAUAAGGACAUUGGAAGAAGGAAUCUCUCCUCUUCCUCAUCUGCUUGCCUUGUGGGACUGAGCCACUGCUAGAUCCUUUGACUUCCAUUCACAGCUGCUGCUGACCAUUGUUGGGGAGUUGGACUACAGACUUCUGUUGAUGACUUGAACAAAUGGGCCCUGUUUCUCGUGUCCCCCUUCAUACUUGAGGCAGAACAUAUAGCAUUUGUGACAGAAAGCAUUUGGGUACAAGGCACCAGUUUCCAGGAGCCAUCGUCUUCAGAAACCGUUGUAAAAUGGUCAGACUGCUGUUUGCCGUUAGCUUGCCGCCCUGGGGAUCCCUACCAACUAAUUGCUAAGGCAAGCGUGGACAACUUCAGCAAGCUGGGGGUGGCCUUCAUGGAGGACAGGCUCCAGAUGGAUAACGGCCUGAUAGCCCAGAAGAUCGUUUCAGUUCACUUAAAGGACCCUGCUCUGAAGGAACUCAGCAAGGCCUCCAACAAACAAGUGCAGGCCCCACUCCCGAGCCCAGAGGCUUCCCUGGAGGCCCAGCCUGCGCAAGGUGUCAUGGAGCAAGCUGGUCAAGGUGACUGGAAGGCUGCUGGUGAAGGCCCUUCCCCACAGAGGAGAGGCUGUGCCCCUGUAAGUGAGUCUGCUGCAGAUGGAGAUCCAGGGCAAGGCUCCACUGAGCUCUGUCAGCUUCACCUGUCCAGCUGCCACGAGUGUUUGGAACUUGAGAACAGCACCAUCGAGUCGGUGCGGUGUGCGUCUGCAGAGAACAUUCCAGAUCUUCCCCAUGAUUGCAGCAGCAGUGUGGAGGGUACUGCGGGCGAACUCUGCCCUGAACGGAAAGGGAAGAGAGUCAACAUCUCGGGAAAGGCGCCCAACAUCCUGCUGUACGUGGGCUCUGGUUCCGAGGAAGCCCUGGGCCAGCUCCAGCAGGUGCGAUCUGUCCUGACAGACUGUGUGGACACGGACAGCUACACUCUCUACCACCUGCUGGAAGACAGUGCUCUGAGGGACCCGUGGCCAGACAACUGCCUCCUGUUAGUCAUUGCCAGCAGGGACCCUAUCCCCAAAGGCAUACACCACAGGUUCAUGGCCUAUCUUUCUCAGGGAGGGAAGGUGCUGGGCCUGUCUUCCUCCUUCACCUUCGGUGACCUUCGGGUGGCCAGGAGAGACGUGCUACGGAACACAGCCCAGAACUUGGUUUUCUCUAAGGCUGAUGGGAGUGAGGUACGGCUCAGUGUCCUGAGCAGCGGCUACGUUUAUGAGGAAGGCCCGAGCCUCGGCCGGCUCCAGGGCCACCUGGAGAAUGAAGACAAGGAUAAAAUGAUUGUGCAUGUGCCUUUUGGAACCCACGGAGGUGAAGCCAUUCUCUGCCAGGUGCAUCUGGAGCUCCCCCCAAGCGCUCCCCUGGUGCAGACCACAGACGACUUUAAUGUGCUCAAAUCCAGCAACACGAGAAGACUCGAGGUCCUUAAGGAGAUCCUGACUGCGCUCGGUCUGAGCUGUGACGCUCCACAGGCUCCUGCCUUAACACCACUGUACUUACUACUGGCUGCCGAGGAAAUCCAGGGUCCGUUUAUGCAGUGGCUUGCAAGGCAUGUGGAUCCUGAAGGAGUCAUAAAGUCCAGCAAGCUCUCCCUUAAGUUCGUCUCCUCCUACACAUCUGAAGCAGAGAUCACCCCGUCUUCCAUCCCUGUGGUCACCGACCCGGAAGGCUUCUCAUCAGAGCACUUUAACCUAGAGACCUAUCGACAGAAUCUGCAGAGCACGCGCCUCGGGAGAGUAAUUCUGUUUGCAGAAGUGACCUCUACGACCAUGAGUCUCCUGGAUGGGUUGAUGUUUGAGAUGCCGCAGGAAAUGGGCUUAAUCGCCAUUGCAGUUCGGCAGACCCAGGGCAAAGGAAGGGGCCCGAAUGCCUGGCUGAGCCCCGUGGGAUGUGCCCUUUCCACUCUGCUAGUCUCCAUCCCCCUAAGGUCACAACUGGGACAAAGAAUUCCAUUUGUCCAGCAUUUGAUGUCACUGGCCGUGGUGGAGGCAGUGCGGUCUAUCCCGGAGUAUGAGGAUAUCAACUUACGAGUGAAGUGGCCCAACGAUAUUUAUUACAGCGAUCUCAUGAAGAUCGGCGGGGUUCUGGUUAAUUCAACACUUGUGGGAGAAACAUUUUAUAUCCUCAUUGGCUGUGGAUUCAAUGUGACUAACAGCAAUCCUACCAUAUGUAUCAAUGACCUCAUCGAAGAACACAAUAAGCAGAACAAGGCAGGCCUGAAGCCCUUACAAGCCGACUGUCUCAUAGCCAGGGCUGUGACCGUGCUGGAGAAACUGAUUGACAGGUUUCAGGACCAAGGGCCCGACGGCGUUCUCCCCCUGUAUUAUAAAUACUGGGCGCACAGUGGUCAGCAAGUCCGCCUGGGCAGCAGCGAGGGGCCAGCGGUGUCUAUCGUGGGUCUUGAUGAUUCCGGGUUCCUGCAGGUCCACCAAGAGGGUGGUGGGGUUGUGAGCGUGCAUCCAGAUGGCAACUCCUUUGACAUGCUGAGGAACCUCAUUGUCCCCAAGCGACCGUAAAUGCCGCCUCCACAUCCCCAGACAGCUGGGGGUUGCUGCUGUGCAGCAGUGGUGGCGGCAGCAUCAGGGAAACUGCUCCCAGGAUGUCCUGGGAGGUCAGAGCAGGCUCUGCUUGCUCUGCUGUCUCUGCCUGCCUAGGGCCUGGGAAACUCAUGCAGUCAGACCAGCGCUGUUGUUAACUCUUUAGGUUGCGGGUUCUCCGCCCCCACCCCCGUCCCACCCCUGGGAUUGGGUUUUUGUUUUUUAUCUCUGUGGUUUUAUUGGGUGUAUGAAGGGGCAUCUGGUGAGGACUGAUGGAUAGGUGAAGAAGAAUCAGUUUAGCUUAGGAGUUUAGUUUGCCUUGCGUGUGUAGAAGAGCUCUUCCCCACAUGGCCUGGAUCUGUGUGUACUGGGGGAGAAUGGGGAGCAAGGGGGUGGGAAUAGCGAUGAGAUUAUACAAAUACCCCAAGGAGUGAAGGCCGUUAGCCGUCUGCUGUUAAAACGAGGGACCCCACAGCUCAGGUGAGUGCUGAGUGCUGUCCCAGAAUGCACAGGCAUUAACUUACACCUUGGGUUGUUGCUGGUUUUCUUAGUCAGGUUGGGCUUCUUGUAGUAGCCUGGAACACAGGACUGAAGGAUGGCCGCAGAGACGCUGCUAGCCAGUGUGGUCCCCUUUCCAGGGUCAGAUGUGUCACGUAUAGAUGUUUAAACCAUGAUGGUAGCUUCCUUGGAGGCAGAGGCUUGCCCAGGCUGAUGGAGAUAUGGGCUCACUGUCUGGCCCACACAAGGGAGGGUUCUUGGAACUUUUAAACCCAUUAGUGACAGGCUCUGUUUGUUAGAAGUGGCUCUGCACCCCAUCAGCCUGUGUCCUCAAGCAGGAGACUGCAGCACUGUACUGUAAAGUCAUGAUUCUCUGCCCCCGAUUUCCUAACGUCAGGAAAGAGACAGAGAUUGACACAAACUGCCAUCAGUUUGGAGAGAUAUAUGUGCAUGCAGUGUGUGUGUGUGUGUGUGUGUGUGUGUAUGUGUGUGUGUGUGUGUGUGUGUGUGUGUGUGUGUGUGUUUAAAAGGAGAUGUUCAAAAUUUGAUGUGCUAAAAGUCUCCGUGGAAGAACAAAGGAGAGGAAGCCUUUCUAGGUUUGUGCUUCCAGAUGUGCUCCAUGCUUUUCCAUGUACCUCCGGUCUCUGUGGAGCUUGUGAAUCAUACCAUCGCUGCCCAGCCUAAAAGAACCAGUUCCUGCUGCACUCCUGCUUCCUGCCACUUCCACUGAAGUGGGUGGAAAGGAAACGAUGGAACAGAACACUUAGCUUUGAACAGGAUCCUCGUCACAAACGAGUCCCAUCUUUACCCAGCUUCUACAGUCAGGCCCACCCCAGAAAGCAGAGUUUUCAGUACGGAAACCCAGCCACCUUCAGCCUAGCACAGACAGCCCCAUUUGAACCAAAAAUAGCAGGGUGAACUACGUUGAGGGAAUGCAACAUUAAAAGAACUUGAAAGUAACUUCUCUGGCAAAUAAGACUUUGAUUAAAUCUUUUCUCAAAAGAAAAAGAUAAAUGUAUAAAUUUUAGUUCCGGUAUUUUUUUUAUUCAUGCGAGUUUAAAUAACACUGUUCACCACCCAAAAUUACAAAAAUGACGGGCCCUCGAGGGAGCAUCUGUAAAAUAUCAUCAAGAACGAAGAUCUCCAGGCUUGAUGUUGCAAAGCUUCGUCCCUCAGACCUUGUAAUAUAAGGCCGUUCCUCUCCCAGGGCCACCAUCACUACAUUUACAUUUCUAUGGGGGAUUAUUUAAUGAAAAACAUGUUACGGUUUAGGCUGAAGGCCUAUUCUGGAUAGUUCUGCUUUGGGGAAAAAUGUUAUCAUUUAAUUUCCUUUCUGUAAGUUAAAACUAAUGAAGUGUGGUCCUGUCAGAGCAGACAGAGAUGCUCCGGGCAUGCCGAUUGGGUGUUCUUGCUUAUGCAGACCUGGCACUCCUGGUCUUGAGAGACAAAACGGCCUGAAGCCGAUGCUGUAUCUCCCAUUAGCCUGACUUUGCCUCACAUGAACCAAAGACUUCAAACUCCAUAUCGUAGAGAGCAUUCUGCUGUCGAAGGUGUGAAGGCUGCCACUGUACCUGCUGUGUGCGUGUGUGUGUCCGUGCCUGCCUGCGUGCGUGCGUGCAUGCGUGCGAGUGAGGUGUUUACAGACUCAGCAUCCCGAGAUUUCCGGGAGCUUCACAAGUCUCCUAACUUUACUGCCUCGUAGUCUUGAGGUGCAGCCACCUAAUCCCGAAUCCGCCUUUGCUGCAGAGCAGGUUACACAGUAUAAACCUGCUUACCCCAGUAUAAACCUGUUCACAAAUCUACCCCUGGGUGCUGGAAGGCGCACAGAGCAAAAGCUGGGUUUCACAUGGCUCAGCUAAAGCCAUGAGGGAGUCCGUACAGGGAGAACUGUGUCCUGUGGAUCUCACCGCGGAAUGAUGGGACCCAGCGUGGAAGCAGUGUCAAGUCGGAGGCUUGGACAAAUACACACCCGGUGAGGGAUGACAGACUCUGGGGCUCCCCUAUACCUAGCACUCAGUGUGGUAGUCCCCUGUUCUCUCUCGCCUGACACUUCCGGAAUGCAAGAGCAGAAUCUUGGGGGCUUUGCUAUCCUGACGUGCCAGAAAUGGGACAUUCUCAUUCCUGGUUCAUCUCUAUGCAUCUUUGAAAUAAACCAAAAUGUAAACCUUGCUACUUUUUUUUUUUCAAAGAAUCAUCUCUGAAAAGAAUUACUGUAAACCAAUGCCUAUAGUCAUUCUACCAAAAUAAACAGGAUUUUCACUGUG